CCUGCCUUGUUUUAUCAUAUGGAGGUAUUUUCUUCCAUAUAUGUUGACUUAUAAUCAAUUGACGAUAUACAUACGUUUAAAUUUAAGAAAUAUUCUCUAUUUUUUUUAUAUUAAAAAAAUAUAUAAAUGAUCAAUUAAAUAUUUUUCUAUAUAACAAAAACAAGCAAUAUGUUAACAACAAAAGUAUUUUUUAGAAAAACUAAAGGAGGAAAUGUAUUUAAGACAGUUAGAGAACAUUAUCUCAGAAAUGAUAUUCAUUGUGGUUCUAAAGUUUGUGAGAAAUGUGUGUAUAGAAUUCAAAAUGUAAUUUUAGAUGAUGAAGAUUCGAAAAAUUGUAAAAUAAUGCAGUCUCAUUAUCUAUUAAUUGAUACUAAUAUUAUUUUAGAUCAGAUUGAUAUUUUAGAAGAGGAUGUUCUUUAUAAUGUCAUAAUUGUACAAACAGUAUUAGAAGAAGUGAAACAUAAAAGUACUAUUGUUUAUAAAAGAUUGAAAAAUCUUAUUAAUAAUGUACAAAGGAAAUUUUAUGUAUUUGUUAAUGAACAUCAUAAAGAAACUUAUGUUGAACGUAAUCCAGGUGAAAGCAUAAAUGAUAGAAAUGAUAGAGCUAUUAGAGUAGCAGCAAAAUGGUAUAAUACACAUUUAAAUUUAGAUCAUAUUAAAAUUAAAACUAUAUUAUUAACAGAUGAUGCACAAAAUAGACAAUUAGCAGAAAAUGAAGGAAUCCCGACUAUUUCAAUGGAAGAUUAUAUUUUAUCAUUAGAAAAUUCAGGUUUUUUAAGUGAUAAAUUAUGUAAAAAGAGUUAUGGUAUGGUAUCCAAAGGUCGAGAAUUUUUCCCAUGUCAUCUUACACCAUCAGAAAUACAUGAUGGCAUAAAAUAUGGUAAACUUCUGCAGGGAACAUUUACAGCUUCAAAAGAAAAUUUUCUUGAAGGAUUUGUGAAUGUAGAUGGAUUUGAAAAGACUAUUUUUAUCCAAGGUCGUAAUAACCUUAAUAGAGCUGUUGAUGGUGACAUAAUUGCAUUAGAAAUUUUACCAGAAAAUCAGUGGUCAUCUCCUAGUGAUAUUGUUCUACAAGAUGAAGAAGAAACAGAUGAUGAUGCUUUAGAAACAAAGAAAGUAUUAGAUAAGUUUAUAUCAUCAAACAAAAUGGAAAAAUCACCUACUGGCAAAAUUGUUGGUAUUAUUAGAAGAAAUUGGAGACAAUAUUGUGGAAUAUUACAAUUUAAUAAUAUAGAAGGAAAUGUACGACAUUUAUUUGUCCCAGCUGAACGAAAAAUACCUAAAAUAAGAAUCGAAACUAGGCAAUAUGGAAUAUUAAGUAAUCAGAGAAUCAUUGUAGCUAUAGAUUCGUGGCCACGUAAUUCUCGAUAUCCUCUUGGUCAUUUUGUACGUGCGUUAGGUGAAAUAGGAGAUAAAACUACUGAAAAUGAAGUAAUAUUGUUAGAGCAUGAUAUUCCUCAUAGUCGAUUUUCUGAUGCUGUUCUUAGCUCAUUGCCAAAAAUGCCAUGGUGUAUUACAGAUUCUGAUUUAGCACAAAGAGAAGAUUUUAGACAUUUAGAUGUAUGUUCAGUUGAUCCACCAGGAUGUACAGAUAUUGAUGAUGCUCUUCAUUGUAGAUGUUUAUCAAAUGGUAAUUUGGAAGUAGGUGUACAUAUUGCAGAUGUAACACAUUUUAUGAGACCAGGAACACCUUUGGAUAAAGAAGCAGCACUACGAAGUACGACUGUAUAUUUAGUUGAUACAAGAAUUCAUAUGCUCCCUGAUUUACUUAGUUCAAAUCUUUGUUCUUUACGUGAAAAAGAAGAAAGAUUAACAUUUUCUUGUAUAUGGGAAAUGGAUGAAGAUGCGAAUAUAAUUAAUACUAGAUAUUGCAAAUCCAUAAUUUAUUCACGAGCAGCGAUGACUUAUGAUGAAGCUCAAUUAAAAAUUGAUGAUGCUUUUCAGCAAGAUUCACUUUCAAAAUCACUAAGAAAUCUUAAUAGCUUAGCUAAAAAAUUAAGAAAAAGACGUUUGGAGAAUGGGGCACUAGUGUUAGCAUCUCCAGAAAUUCGUUUUCAAGUAGAUUGUGAAACCCAUGAUCCUAUUGAUAUAGAAGCAAAAAAAUUACGAGAAACUAACUCUAUGGUAGAAGAAUUUAUGUUACUUGCAAAUAUUUCAGUUGCUAAAAAAAUUUUAGAAGAAUUUCCAGAAUGUGCUAUAUUAAGAAGACAUCCUGAACCUCCAUCUUCUAAUUUUGAACCUCUUAUAAAAGCUGCAAAAAAUCAGGGCUUUAUUAUAAACGUUAAUAGUGGUAAAAAAUUAGCAGAAUCAUUAGAUAACUGUCAUAAGGAAAGCAAUCCAUAUUUUAAUACUAUGUUAAGAAUACUUGCUACACGUUGUAUGAUGCAAGCUAUAUAUUUUAUUAGUGGAAUGCAUCAACAAAGUGAAUAUUAUCAUUAUGGUUUGGCGUCUCCUAUUUAUACUCAUUUUACAUCGCCUAUUCGACGAUAUGCAGAUGUAAUGGUUCAUCGUUUAUUAGCAGUUUGCAUUGGGGCUGAUGCAACAUAUCCUGAUUUAUUAGAUAAAAAAAAAAAUCAAACACUCUGUCAUAAUCUGAAUUAUCGUAAUAGAAUGGCUCAAUAUGCUAGUCGAGCAUCUAUAGCAUUAAAUACACAUUUAUUCUUUAGAGAGAAAAUUCAAGAUGAAGAAGGAUAUAUACUCUUUGUACGAAAAAAUGCAUUACAAAUAUUGAUUCCAAAAUUUGGUUUGGAAGGUACUUUAUAUUUAAAUAAAAGCAAAGAAUCUAAUGUUGUAUUUAUAUAUAAUGGUGAAGAUCAUUCACAAACUUGUGGAAAUAUUAUAUUUCACACUUUCGAUCCAGUCAUAGUACAAAUAAGUUUAAAUAGAGAGAAUAUACAACAUGAAAAAUUGAUAUUUAAACUGGUUAAACCAUUUAUUUCAGGAUUUAGUGUACCUGCAGCAACUUCAGAAUGCAGCAAUAUCAUAUUAGAAGAAAGUACGACAGAAACGGUAAAACGAAAGAUAGAAAUAGAAAAAGGAUCAGAUAUUAAUGCUAAAACUAAAGUAAAUAAAAAGAAAUUGAAAAAGAGGAAACAUUAGCACUAUUGUGCAUCAGGUUUUACAACAUAUAAAGAUUAAAUAUAUUUAUAAUUUUUUUUAAUUAUAUAUAUAUUUAUUUUUUUAUGACAAAAAAUAGGAAUAAUAAAAAAUAUAAUAAAAUUUUUUGCUGGAAAUAAAAAAUUAUUGAAAAACAAAAA